UAGCCUCACCUGAGAGCUCUGAAGGGAACUGGGGAUUCCGCUGACCCCUCCCCAUCUUUCCACUUCCUGCGCCAGCCGGCGCCCCCAGACCAUGGCAGCAGUGACCAUGACGGUGCCCAGGCGGAAGGUGGCUCCCAGGCCGGGCCCGGUGCCCGAGGCGGCCCAGCCGUUCCUGUUCACACCGCGUGGGCCAGGUGUGGGUGCUGGGCCUGGGGGCUCGGCCACCUCCCCGCAGGUGGAGUGGACCGCUCGGCGCCUGGUGUGGGUGCCUUCGGAGCUGCACGGCUUCGAGGCGGCGGCGCUGCGAGAUGAGGGCGAGGAGGAGGCCGAGGUGGAGCUGGCGGAGAGCGGGCGACGGCUGCGGCUGCCCCGGGACCAGAUCCAGCGCAUGAACCCGCCCAAGUUCAGCAAGGCCGAGGACAUGGCGGAGCUGACCUGCCUCAACGAGGCCUCGGUGCUGCACAACCUCCGCGAGCGCUACUACUCCGGCCUCAUCUACACGUACUCUGGCCUUUUCUGUGUGGUCAUCAACCCGUACAAGCAGCUCCCCAUCUACACGGAGGCGAUUGUGGAGAUGUACCGAGGCAAGAAGCGCCACGAAGUGCCACCCCACGUAUACGCAGUGACCGAGGGGGCCUACCGAAGCAUGCUCCAGGAUCGUGAGGAUCAGUCCAUUCUCUGCACUGGGGAGUCUGGAGCCGGGAAGACAGAAAACACCAAGAAGGUCAUCCAGUACCUUGCCCACGUUGCAUCAUCGCCGAAGGGCAGGAAGGAGCCAGGCGUACCGGCCUCCGCCAGCACCAUGUCUUAUGGUGAGCUGGAGCGGCAGCUUCUUCAGGCCAACCCCAUCCUGGAGGCCUUCGGCAACGCCAAGACAGUGAAGAAUGACAACUCCUCCCGAUUUGGCAAAUUCAUCCGCAUCAACUUUGACGUGGCUGGGUACAUCGUGGGUGCCAACAUCGAGACCUACCUGCUGGAGAAGUCGCGGGCCAUCCGUCAGGCCAAGGACGAGUGCAGCUUCCAUAUCUUCUACCAGCUGUUGGACGGCGCGGGAGAGCAGCUCAAGGCCGACCUGCUCCUGGAGCCAUGCUCCCAGUACCGCUUCCUCACCAAUGGGCCGGCGUCCUCUCCGGGCCAGGAGCGGGAGCUCUUCCAGGAGACGCUGGAGUCCCUGCGGGUCCUGGGAUUCACCCACGAGGAAAUCACCUCCAUGCUGCGGAUGGUCUCGGCGGUGCUACAGUUUGGCAACAUCACCCUGAAGCGAGAACGGAACACGGAUCAGGCGUCCAUGCCUGACAACACAGCUGCCCAGAAGCUGUGCCGCCUGCUGGGACUGGGGGUCACAGAUUUCUCCCGCGCCCUGCUCACCCCCCGCAUCAAAGUUGGCCGAGACUACGUGCAGAAAGCACAGACCAAGGAGCAGGCUGACUUCGCGCUGGAGGCCCUGGCCAAGGCCACCUACGAGCGCCUCUUCCGCUGGCUGGUCCUGCGCCUCAACCGUGCCCUGGACCGCAGCCCCCGCCAGGGGGCCUCCUUCCUGGGCAUCCUGGAUAUCGCGGGCUUUGAGAUCUUCCAGCUGAACUCCUUCGAGCAGCUGUGCAUCAACUACACCAACGAGAAGCUGCAGCAGCUCUUCAACCACACCAUGUUCGUGCUGGAGCAGGAGGAGUACCAGCGCGAGGGCAUCCCCUGGACCUUCCUGGACUUCGGCCUCGACCUGCAGCCCUGCAUCGACCUCAUCGAGCGGCCGGCCAACCCCCCUGGACUCCUGGCCCUGCUGGACGAGGAGUGCUGGUUCCCAAAGGCCACGGACAAGUCCUUUGUAGAGAAGGUGGCCCAGGAGCAGGGUGGCCACCCCAAGUUCCAGCGGCCGAGGCACCUACGAGACCAGGCUGACUUCAGCGUCUUGCACUAUGCGGGCAAGGUCGACUACAAGGCCAAUGAAUGGUUGAUGAAAAACAUGGACCCUCUGAAUGACAACGUCGCAGCCCUGCUGCACCAGAGCACAGAUCGGCUAACGGCAGAGAUCUGGAAAGAUGUGGAGGGCAUCGUGGGGCUGGAGCAGGUGAGCAGCCUCGGGGAUGGCCCCCCGGGUGGCCGCCCCCGCCGGGGCAUGUUCCGAACAGUGGGACAGCUCUACAAGGAGUCCCUGAGCCGCCUCAUGGCCACGCUCAGCAACACCAACCCCAGCUUCGUCCGCUGCAUUGUCCCCAACCAUGAGAAGAGGGCUGGGAAGCUGGAGCCCAGGCUGGUGCUGGACCAGCUGCGCUGUAAUGGUGUCCUGGAAGGCAUCCGGAUCUGUCGCCAAGGCUUCCCCAACCGCAUCCUCUUCCAGGAGUUCCGGCAACGGUAUGAGAUCCUGACGCCCAAUGCCAUCCCCAAGGGCUUUAUGGAUGGGAAGCAGGCUUGUGAGAAGAUGAUCCAGGCCCUAGAAUUAGAUCCCAACCUCUACCGCGUGGGACAGAGUAAGAUUUUCUUCCGGGCGGGGGUCCUGGCCCAGCUGGAAGAGGAGCGGGACCUGAAGGUCACAGACAUCAUCGUGUCCUUCCAGGCAGCUGCCCGGGGCUACCUGGCUCGAAGGGCCUUCCAGAAGCGGCAGCAGCAGCAGAGCGCGCUGAGGGUGAUGCAGCGCAACUGUGCAGCUUACCUCAAGCUGAGACACUGGCAGUGGUGGCGGCUCUUCAUCAAGGUGAAGCCACUGCUGCAGGUAACGCGGCAGGAUGAGGUGCUGCAGGCGCGGGCUCAGGAGCUGCAGAAAGUGCAGGAGCUCCAGCAACAGAGUGCCCGCGAGGUGGGCGAGCUCCAGAGCCGCUUGACACAGCUGGAAGAGGAGCGUGGCCGCCUGGCAGAGCAACUUCGAGCAGAGGCCGAGCUGUGCGCCGAGGCGGAGGAGACCCGGGGGCGGCUGGCAGCCCGCAAGCAGGAGCUGGAGCUGGUGGUGUCGGAGCUGGAGGCCCGUGUGGGGGAGGAGGAGGAGUGCAGCCGCCAGCUGCAAAAUGAGAAGAAGAGACUGCAGCAACAUAUACAGGAGCUAGAGACCCACCUCGAGGCUGAGGAGGGGGCCCGGCAGAAGCUGCAGCUGGAGAAGGUGACGACGGAGGCAAAGCUGAAGAAAUUUGAGGAAGAUCUGCUGCUCCUGGAAGACCAGAACGCCAAGCUGAGCAAGGAGCGGAGGCUGCUGGAGGAGCGCCUGGCGGAGUUCUCAUCCCAGGCCGCAGAGGAGGAGGAGAAGGUCAAGAGUCUCAAUAAACUCCGACUGAAAUAUGAGGCCACCAUUGCAGACAUGGAGGACCGCCUUCGGAAGGAGGAGAAGGGCCGCCAGGAGCUGGAGAAGCUGAAGCGGCGGCUGGACGGGGAGAGCUCGGAGCUGCAGGAGCAGAUGGUGGAGCAGCAGCAGCGGGUGGAGGAGCUGCGGGCCCAGCUGGGCCGCAAGGAGGAGGAGCUGCAGGCUGCCUUGGCCAGGGUGGAGGAGGAGGGCGGGGCCCGGGCCCAGCUGCUCAAAUCCCUGCGGGAGGCGCAGGCAGGACUGUCGGAGGCCCAGGAAGACCUGGAGGCUGAGCGUCUGGCGAGGGCCAAGGCAGAGAAGCAGCGGCGGGACCUGGGCGAGGAGCUGGAGGCCCUGCGGGGCGAGCUGGAGGACACGCUGGACUCCACCAACGCACAGCAGGAGCUCCGGUCCAAGAGGGAACAGGAGGUGACGGAGUUGAAGAAGGCUUUGGAGGAGGAGACGCGCAUUCACGAGAUGGCGGUGCAGGAGCUGAGGCAGCGCCACAGCCAGGCGCUGGGAGAGAUGGCAGAACAGCUGGAGCAGGCUCGGAGGGGUAAAGGCGUGUGGGAGAAGACCCGGUUGGCUCUGGAGACUGAGGUGUCUGAGCUGCGGGCAGAGCUGAGUAACCUGCAGACCACACGUCAGGAGGGUGAGCAACGAAGGCGCCGCCUGGAGUCACAGCUGCAGGAGGUGCAGGGCCGGGCUGGUGAUGGGGAGCGGGCACGAGCGGAGGCUGCUGAGAAGCUGCAGCGAGCCCAGGUUGAACUCGAGAACGUGUCUGGGGCACUGAGUGAGGCCGAGUCCAGAGCCAUCAGGCUGAGCAAGGAGCUGAGCAGCACAGAGGCCCAGCUGCAUGACGCCCAGGAGCUACUGCAAGAGGAGACCAGGACGAAGUUGGCCUUGGGGUCCCGGGUUCGAGCCUUGGAGGCCGAGGUGGCAGGGCUGCGGGAGCAGCUGGAGGAGGAGGCGGCCGCCAGGGAGCGGGCGGGCCGUGAGCUACAGACUGCCCAGGUCCAGCUCUCAGAGUGGCGGAGGCGCCAGGAGGAGGAGGCGGGGGCCCUGGAGGCAGGGGAGGAGGCUCGGCGCCGGGCAGCCCGCGAGGCUGAGGCCCUGAUGCAGCGCCUGACAGAAAAGACGGAGGUGGUGGAGCGGCUGGAGAGGGGCCGCCGGCGGCUGCAGCAGGAGCUGGAUGACGCCAUCAUGGAUCUGGAGCAACAACGGCAGCUCGUGAGCACGCUGGAGAAGAAGCAGCGCAAAUUCGACCAGCUCCUGGCAGAAGAGAAGGCAGCUGUGCUGCGGGCAGUGGAGGAGCGUGAGAGGGUCGAGGCUGAGGGCCGGGAGCGUGAGGCUCGGGCUCUGUCACUGACCCGGGCACUGGAGGAGGAGCAGGAAGCGCGUGAGGAGCUGGAGCGGCAGAACCGGGCCCUACGGGCGGAGCUGGAGGCACUGCUGAGCAGCAAGGAUGACGUCGGCAAGAGCGUACACGAGCUGGAGCGAGCCCGCCGGGCAGCGGAACAGGCAGCCGGUGACCUGCGAACGCAGGUGACAGAGCUGGAGGACGAGCUGACGGCAGCCGAGGAUGCCAAGCUGCGCCUGGAAGUGACCGUGCAGGCUCUCAAGGCCCAGCACGAGCGAGACCUGCAGGGCCGAGAUGAGGCUGGUGAAGAGAGGCGGCGGCAGCUGGCCAAGCAGUUGCGGGAUGCGGAGGUGGAGCGGGACGAGGAGCGCAAGCAGCGCGCCCUGGCGGUGGCUGCCCGCAAGAAGCUGGAGGCGGAGCUGGAGGAAUUGAAGGCCCAGACCUCCGCCGCCGGGCAGGGCAAGGAGGAGGCCGUGAAGCAACUUCGCAAGAUGCAGGCCCAGAUGAAGGAGCUGUGGCGGGAGGUGGAGGAGUCGCGCAACUCCCGCGAGGAGAUCUUCGCCCAGAACCGGGAGAGCGACAAGCGCCUUAAAGGGCUGGAGGCGGAGGUGCUGCGGCUGCAAGAGGAACUGGCCGCCUCAGACCGAGCCCGGCGGCAGGCCCAGCAGGAGCGGGAUGAGAUGGCAGAUGAGGUGGCCAACGGCAGCCUUAGCAAGGCAGCCAUUCUGGAAGAGAAGCGUCAGCUGGAGGGGCGCCUGGGGCAAAUGGAGGAGGAGCUGGAGGAGGAGCAGAGCAAUGCCGAGCUGCUCAAUGACCGCUACCGCAAGCUGCUCCUGCAGGUGGAAUCACUGACCACAGAGUUGUCCGCUGAGCGUAGUUUCUCAGCCAAGGCAGAGAGUGGGCGGCAGCAGCUGGAGCGGCAGAUCCAGGAGCUCCGGGGCCGCCUGGGUGAGGAGGACGCUGGGGCGCGGGCCCGUCAGAAGAUGACCAUCGCUGCCCUUGAGUCAAAGUUGGCCCAGGCUGAGGAGCAGCUGGAGCAGGAAAGCAGGGAGCGCAUCCUUUCCGGCAAGCUGGUGCGCAGAGCCGAGAAGCGGCUUAAAGAAGUGGUGCUCCAGGUGGAGGAGGAGCGGAGGGUUGCGGACCAGCUCAGGGACCAGCUGGAGAAGGGGAACCUUCGAGUGAAGCAGCUGAAGCGGCAGCUGGAGGAGGCUGAGGAAGAGGCGUCCAGGGCUCAGGCAGGUCGUCGAAGGCUGCAGCGUGAGCUGGAGGAUGUCACAGAGUCUGCUGAGUCCAUGAACCGUGAAGUGACCACGUUGAGGAACCGGCUCCGACGCGGUCCCCUCACCUUCACCACACGUACUGUGCGCCAGGUCUUCCGACUGGAGGAGGGCGUGGCAUCAGACGAGGAGGCUGAGGAGGCUGAGCCUGGGUCUGGACCACAGCAGCCCCAAGAGCCUGAUGGGCCCUCUGAGGCGCAGCCGCAGUGACCCCGUUUUGCUUCCAGCCAUCAGCCCCUCCCUCCCUGGCCCUGGUGGGUGCUGGUCCCAUGAACCCACCCUGUGGCUUCUUGCACUUUGGAAAUGGCACCACCUGCUGGCACCACAGCACUUAUCAACCCCACCCCAGAGGGUCCCCCGACACCUCCGUGAAGGAACACUGAGGAGUUGAGCCCAGGAGCAGGGAGGCAAGGACCGGGGCUCUCUCACUGGAGUGGGAAUUGAGUGUAGUUGGCACGCUGUGGUCCCAUCCAGCUCCCAUCCUUCCUUCAGUUGUUAAUGGUCUUUAUUAGGAAGGGAGCAUGGCUUCCCUGCGGUCCUCAGCCAGGGCUGCCCAGGGCCCUCUUCCUCAUCCCUCUCCGCCUCCCAGGACUCCAGCAGCCUUUGACUCUUGCAGAGGGGCAGGAUAAGAGAGCCCCUUGUCCCCCUCUUCCCAUGCUCUGCCCUCCCUUCUGGUUGCUAUUGUGUGAUCACAGUUCGGUUAGAGUCCCCUUGCGGGCUGGAGGAGUCUCUCUGACUUCCCAGCCUACAGCUCUGGCAGAAAUAAAUGUCAGCCCUGACUGGA